AUGGAUUAUGAUUUGGAUUACCACUUAUCAGUUUCGGAUAGGUUGGACAAUCUAUACAAAACAAACCUUAUAUCUCGUUCAUUUGCCGCUUUGCUUGGUAAUUUGAUGUAUGAACGGAGGAAAUGUCUUCUUGAGCAAAUAUUACAACUUUAUCGCAGGAAAAGUUUGCUUAAGCGUGGAUUUUCAGCUCUGCGUGAACAAAUACAGAUAAGAAAAUUCCUUUACACCAUCGCAGAUCGCCAACUGAUCGGUAAUUUCCUCUUGCGAUGGCAUGCACAUUUCGAGGGUCGGUCUAAUAUAAGAAAUUUUAAGUGUAAUCGUGAUCUAAAUCUUUUGAAAAAAUGUUUCAAUCUGCUAUACCAGCCUGUCACACUCAAAAUCAAGUGGCAAGAAACCAUAGGCAAAGUUGAAGCGCUUCUAUUCGUAUUAAAUUACCACUCGUUUAUCUCUGAGCUCAGCUACUAUAAAUGCAAACAAGACACCGUUUUUGUUGCACAAUCUCAUUACAAUAGUAAAAUGCUCAAAAAAGUUUUUAAUGCAUUUACUAUGCACUUUGAAUACAAUUACCGCAUUGAUGCGGUUGAGAAAAUAUUAUAUAGAUGCUUAUACCACAAUUUCUUUGUUAAGCUGCACAAAAUUAACACAAUUGUGGACAAGGAAAACACAGACAUUACACUUUUCAAAAAAAGGCUAGUGCUUAAUGCCUGGAGAAGAGUUGUAUUGGAGGAGAUUGCAGAAAAGUUUCAUAACGUUUACUCAACUCGCAUCUUCCUCAUCUGUUGGUACAAUACUGCUAGGAAGAUGCACCAGUUAAACGUUAGAUAUAAUAAGUUUACUAGGAAAAUAAAUUUUAAUAUAGUUUCUAACGUAUUUAAUAAGAUUCUAAAAGUUAUGGAACACAGGAAGAAUAUAAUCUGUUACUUCAACUUCCUAGAAAGCGUGUUCUGGAGAAUUCUAAUGCAAAUCGUCUUUGAUAAUCUUCGCUUCAAUUUACAAAUUGAGGAGAGGUUGAAAUUGAUGAUCAAAACAUCUGAGGUGGCCUAUGUCUCUUCCCUAAAGAGCAAAUCAAUGAAUUCCAUUAUCAAUUACCUUUCAUACUCCAGAAAGAAGAAGAGAUUGAAGGAGAUAGAGGAAGUUUGGAGUGUAAACAGCCUUAAAUCCAAAUAUUUCUAUAAGUGGCAAAGUGAGAUAAUCGAAUCCAAUGCUAAACAUAUAUGUAUAAUACAAGAAUUCACUGAGGCAAUGUUAAUUGGUAUUAAGAGAAGAUAUUUCACUUAUUGGUUGAAAUUUAGCGUCAAAAUGGGCAGUUUGAGAUACGUUAUUGAUGAAUUUGCUGCUAGGGAUAGGGAUAUCGUGUUGAGUUAUUACUGGAAUUUAUGGGUUAAAAAAUAUGCCGCUAACAAACAGAAAUUGCUGGAACUAUUUAUUGAGAACGAUAUCUUCGAUGAAUUUAACCGAAUUAUUGCAUUAUAUCCCCGACAGAUUCUGUUACUAUUUUCAUCAACUUGCGGCGAGGGUAUGAAAAAUAUAUCCACAAUAGGCACAAAGAUUUUGUCUAGGUUGAUAGAAUCAUUGGAUUCACCACUUCCAACAUAUUAUGAUAGAUUUAGUAAUUACACUAUCACAUGCCGAUUUCACGACAAACCAAAGUAUUGGUGUCUUCUUAAAAUUCCCAAAUGGAAAAACAAGCUCAUUUCAUCUAAAGUUAAGUACUUUAAACAAGCAUUAUAUCUAUGGAGGAAAUAUGUAUCUGAAAAAUUGGCUGAGAAGAAAAAAACACAAGCUCUGGUGGAUUAUAUCGAUAAAAAGAGGAAUAAGAGAUUAAUCUCUUGUACAUUUUAUGCUUGGGUUGAGUUAAUGGCAGCAUGUUAUGCGAAGAAGAGAGAACAAUUUUUAGCUAUGGUGGAAAAAAUUUGCACUUCAAUCGAAAAACCUAUAACCAAAGAAAUAAGAUAUUUUAUUUAUGAGCUAAAAGAGUUUAAAUACGUAGAAAAUUACCAAAACAAUCUGUUGCACGUAGCACUUUCAAGUUUUAGGAAACAAAACAUCUUGAAAAGGAUAAGCUCAAUGGUUAAUGAGCGUCACAAGAAUUACAUGCUAAAGUACUUCUUUUUUGAAUGGGGAAAUUAUGUUUUUGAUAGACAAAUAAAACUCACUAGUGCAACUCAGAGUAUGGAAUUGGCAAUUAAGCGUAGAUUUUUUGGGUAUAUCAAAUUGUCAAUCAUUGUGCUUGAGGUUACCAAAUUACAUGAUAUAAAUUCCAUGAAAUAUCACUUAAUUAUGUGGACUAAAGUAAAAUUAUCAAUAAAUUUUGAGAAGAAAGUUUUGAAUAAUUUCCUUGUGGAAGUUAUUAAUGCUUGGCGUAAUAUUGCACAUGUGGGAAUGACUUUAAAGGGUUUAGAACCACAAAUUAAUGGUAUAUAUGAAUCAAAGUUACUAAACAAAUCUUUUCAUUGUUGGUUAACCUUUGUUACCAUUAGAACCAGAUUAAUAGCUGCGUCUAGUGAAAUUGAGAAUAAAAAUCGUAUAAACUCGCUAAAAAUAAUCUUUAGUGCAUGGUUGUAUCGAGCCAAUUUGAUUAGAAAAAUUAACUAUUUUGUGAUACUAAGGGAGAGGAGAUAUGCAACUAGCAUACAAUCUUGUGUAUUUCAUCACUUAGCUCAAUUGCCCAAAUUGGCGAAAAUAAAGGCCAGACUAGAUGAUCGAUUACUUAGCUUCACUUAUAUUAGUUGGAAAAAUGCAGUAGAUCGUAUUAGAUUCUACAAUCGUAUUGAAAUGACACUUUAUAAUAAGGUUAAAGAUGAAUGUCAGCUAUUUAUUUUUCAGCUCAAACAAUUCAAUUCCUGGUAUAAUGCACUACAGCAGAACGAUAAAAAUAGUACUGUUUACAGAGCACUUGAGUCACUCGGUAACAUUUCCCGGUGGCGAAUGGAAUUAGGUCUCAGAAGCUUAGAAUUAAACGUUAAGAUUAGACAGGGCAAAAUGAUGGUGAAUGCUAGGAAGUUAUCUUGUUGCUUUAAGGUGUUUUACAACAAUUAUGUUGUUGAAAGGAAUAAACGUGAUAUGGCACAUGCGUUUGAGAACAAUAUUAUGAAUAAAGUUCUGGGUCAAUAUUUGCACGCAUGGAUAAAUGUGUUUAAACAUAAAGUAUCAAUCAGACAAGAGGUGGAACACAGAUUUAGGAUUGAAGAAGUUGAAUUGUUGAGAAUCUAUUUCAGCAGUUGGAGGAAAUAUAUGGCAGAUGGCGAAUCAAAGGUUAAGCUGCAAAACGUAAUUGUAUGGAGUGAGAGGAGAAGGGCUGCGGAAGGAUUCAGAAGAUUAAGACAAUUUACAAUGGAGAAAAAAUGGCAGACGGUUUGUAGCCACCAGGCCAGUAUUUUCAGGGCUAUUAGAGACAUAUCAAGGACUAAAAUAGCAUUUUCUGCGUGGAGAAAUGCUAUCGUCAACAAAAGUGUCAGAACAUACGAUUUACCCAAAGAUGAGAUAUUGUAA